CUGAAAUGUGGGAACUGUGGUGAAGUUUCUGAAAAAUGGCAGUAUCUGCGAUUGAUGGACAGCGCUCCCCUGAAAGGAGGCAGAGGCAGUGCCACUAUGGUGCAGAAAUGCAAGCUGUGCUCCAGGGAGAACUCCAUUGAUAUUUUAAGUCAGACAAUCAAGCCUUACAACGCUGAAGACAGUGAGAAAUUCAAAACAAUAGUGGAGUUUGAAUGCCGAGGCAUGGAACCGGUUGACUUUCAGCCACAGGCAGGGUUUGCUGCUGAAGGUGCAGAAUCUGGCACACCUUUCAAUGACAUAAACUUAUUAGAAAAGGAUUGGAAUGACUAUGAUGAAAAAACAAAGGAAUCUGUUGGAAUCUAUGAAGUUACCCAUAAAUUUGUAAAAUGCUAAAGUUCAUACCCCUAAUAAUCUCAACAUGUUUAUUGAUGAAGGAGCUGUAACCAUCACAGAUGCAGUUUCCUCGGAGUUACUUUUCACAUGGCUAUACUUCAGAAAUGGAAAACUACAUUGUACUUACUGUCCCCAGGACGUCCUAAUAAAGUAUUUUCCACAG